GUCCUGAAACCCGAAAACAAAAACAUUGAUGCCCAAGAAGUGCUCGUUUCGUUCAAGACGAAGAAGCGUGGAAUUGGACUCGUAUUAGAGAUACCGUUCCAUGUUCUAUGAAAAAAGUGUCGCUGUCAUCGUUGAUUCUCAAUUUCAAUUGUUAAUAUCACGGCUUGAAUCACCCGUCGAGUGUCCCUCGUUGAGGUCUGUAUAUGUGAGUGUGUGUGCGCCACAACAACCAGGACUCCUCAGUAACUCAGUCAAAGUGAGUGGUGCUACCCUGAAGAGUUGCUUGAUUUGUGUUGCGUGGUUCUUCUUGGUCGGUGGUUGGCCGAUAGUGGUGGUGUAUUAUUGUAAACUCGUGAGAUUUCCGCCUUUAAAAUCAUUAUCAUCAUGUGAAGAGGAGUUCGUGUGUUCGCAUACAGUUUUUUUUAUGAACAACCACCUUGCCAAUGUAACGAUUAUAAGGAGUGGCAGCGCAAAUCGCCCUGACAAGGAGGAGACAAGAAUGAGAUGAAGAUGACUCCUCAAGAAGAGAUGUCACAGGCUGAUAAUAAUAUCCCACCUUGCUGAGAGAGAGACACCUGAAGCGGUGAUUAAAGUGGGUACAUCAGCCACGAAUCCGACAAGGCGUCGUUCUUGGAUCGCCGUCAAAUUGAGCUCAAUCUUCUCCCUCUGUUCUCCAUGAUCAAAAAUGAGUAGGCUCAAACAUUUAUCGAGCGCAUUUAUGCUCAAAUGGACCCUAUACUUUCUUACAUACUACGUGUGUUUGACACAAUCAUCUGAAGUCUGCCGUCAUCCGGCUGUGCCCUUUGCUGCCAAAUACCUCAAUAUCACCGGAGGCUUGGACGAGGACAAUUGGACCAUCAAAUAUAUCUGUGAUAGUGGCUACGAACUCUUUGGAGAGGAGUCCAGAGAGUGCCAACAAGGUCAAUGGAAAGGUGACCUGCCUCACUGUGCUGUCAAUGUGGCCCUCAACAAACCAGCCACCGCUUCCAGCCAAGAAGGAAAAGGGGAUCCCAACAAUGGGGUGGACGGCAGAAAGUCCACGGUCCAUGAGGGCGAUAAGUGCACAGAGACCAAGUCAGAAAAAUCUCCCUGGUGGACCGUCGAUCUUCUGGGCUCCUACUCCGUCAAACAUGUCCGGCUAACAACCAGGUGCUGUGAUGAUGUGCCCAUCAAAAAAGCAGAAAUCAGGGUGGGCAACUUUACCACCCCCGGGAAAAAUCCCCUCUGCGAUUGGAUUCCGAAGGCUCUAGAUGAAGGUGCCACAGAAACCGUGGAAUGUGUGGAGGAAAUCAUGGGUCGCUAUGUUUCUAUCAUGAUGACCGGUGUUGAAACUGUGCUCUCGGUUUGUGAGGUGGAAGUUUUCAGUACUGAUGAAAUCAGUUUGGCCAACUGUCCAGAUGAUAUCCCACAGGAUGAGGUAUCUGUCUUCCAGGAGGCUUGCUAUCAUUUUGUGCCUGGCGAAGUGUCUGGCUAUGAUGAGGCUAAGGCGCUUUGUGAGGAAAACGAAUCGCAUUUGGUUGCAGAUCUGGAUGAAUUUUCAUUGCCUUAUGUUACAUCCAGACUUCAACGUCAACUAGACUUAAAAAGCGAUGUUCAGAGCAUCAUGGCAUGGGUUGGGGCCCAGAGGGAGCCCGGUCUCGUCAAAGACGAAUGGACUUGGGUCACUGGAAACACGGUAGACACAAUUGAAUGGGGACGGGGCCAACCCAAUAACUACAAUCAAGAGCAGAACUGUGCCGUGCUGGACUCAGAGUUGGAUUGGAAUUGGAACGACAUCUCAUGCAAGAUCUCAGCUGUGACCGUGUGCCAAUCUAGCCCUUCCAAAUGUGCCAGUCCUCCCGUUAAUGAAGGCACAUUUUUCACCGGAGAUCUGACGGUGGGAUCUCGCAUCAGUUAUCAUUGUCCCGUUGGGGACAUGCCCGUGGGCGACGCCAACCAGACUUGUGAGAUCUCCGGACAGUUCUCCGGAUUACCCAUCACAUGCAAGAAAGUCGAUUGUGGUCAAGUCCCAGGCUUAGUUGAUGGAGAGAUCCACGUUCUUGAUGGUCGGACCACUUGGGGGGCCCGAGUAAAGUACAAGUGCAAAGACAGCUAUAACCUCAUGUCUGGGGAUGAAAUGCGUACUUGUGAGGAGAAGGGUUGGAGUGGGAAGGCACCCACAUGCGUUUAUGCGAGAUGUCCUGAGCCAGACACGGUGGAGAAUGCUUACCUCAAAGCGGAUGGCGACAACUCAGUGGGCUCAAAACUCAUUUAUACUUGUCACGAAGGCCACAAGGCUUCGGGGAGUAUGUCACGAGAAUGCAAACUGGGGGGCAAGUGGUCUGGAACCACACCCAAAUGUGAAUUUGUGGAUUGCGGGGAUGCCCCUGCUGUGAAGCAUGCCAAUGUCCAACUUCUAGACGGAAGGACAUCGUUUGGUGCGGAGGUGGAAUAUUCAUGCGGGGCAGACUACAUACUCUCAGGCAACAACAAGAAAAAAUGUGAUGCGUCAGGUCAGUGGACGCGAAGUGAGUUGUCUUGCCACAUUAUUGAAUGUCCCCCUCCUCGGGCACCCAAUGGCGGAAGAGUAUCUGGAUACAACACUGAGAUCCAUUCCAAGAUCGAGUUCUCCUGCCUCACGGGACACAUCUUGGAAGGCCAAGAAGUCCUCACUUGUACCCGUUCAGGCCAGUGGUCAAGUAGUUCACCAGUUUGUCGCUUCAUUGAUUGUGGCGCUGUACCGCCCAUGCCAUCAGGGACUGCCCAUUAUGUGAACGGUUCCACGCAUCUCGGAAGCAUGGUCAGAUACAUUUGCGAUCGCAGCUACACGAUGGAAGGUAAUCCUGAGCGUGUUUGUGAAGAAAACAGUCGAUGGAGUGGUGAUGCUCCCCGGUGUAGUGAGAUCAGAUGUCCCAUUCCUGAUCGACCAAAUAACACCAUCAUUAGCGUUUCAAGUACGGAAAGACUCCAUGGAACCUCAGUCAUCCGAUCUAAACCAAGUACCACAACGGCCUAUCGCGUGGGCAGCACCCUUAAGUAUCGUUGUGAGCGAGGGUAUAUCCUUGAGAAAGAGGAUGGAUCCGACGCCAGAGUGAUGACUCGAAGAUGUACCACCAGUGGGACCUGGACCGGUUCCAUGCCGUCGUGUAAAUUUGUCAAUUGUGGGUCUCCCGAAGUGCCGGAAAACAGUGAAGUUAGCCUGCAGAACAAUGGGACCUAUUUUGGCAGCAUGUCCUUCUACAAGUGCAAACCCAACUUCAACUUGGACGGCUUUGAACGUCGACGAUGCGAGUCGGAUGGAAGUUGGAAGCCCGAGGCCCCAACGUGCAAAGAGACCCUUUGCAAGGCGUUGAGUCAACCGGACAAUGGUGCCUUAGUGUUGACGACCCUCAGAAUUGGAGGCAGGGCUACCUUCAGCUGUCAGACAGGAUUCGCGCUCAAAGGAGACGAUGAUAUCGAGUGUCUCAGCUCUGGAUCGUGGUCGGCAUGGCCACCCAGUUGUAUCGAGAUCGAUUGUGGCCAACCCGACAAGAUCGAGAAUGGCCGAAUCUUCCUUACCAAUCAAACCACAACCAUUGGAAGUACCGUGGAAUACCACUGCUUCCCCGGUUUUGAACGCUCCGGUCCGUUCGAACGCACGUGUUACGAAGACGGAUAUUGGUCUGGAAAGGAACCGAGUUGUUCCAAACCACGACCAAUCACCAUCCUGAGUGACAACACAGUGGACGGAACCAAAAAUGUUCGUGCCGGUUCGAUCUCGGAAGAGGUGGGUGGUGGAUCGUCCUCGGUGGGCAUGUGGAUUGGAGUGGCCUUGGGCCUGAUAGUGGUCAUCGGGCUUCUUAUCCUGGGUGUGUAUUUCUACCGCAAGCAACGGUCCAUCACAUCUAAACCGGCGCCAUUUCGAGACCGCAACUCCAAUGGGGUGUCCAACGGAGGUGGACCCACCCCCAAUGGCACUGCUGCCUAUACAAUGUCAGGGAUUUACCCGGUUGCCGGUGUAAGCGGGGUUAACGGUCGGAUCGGGGGAAGACCCCCGCCCCCGCCCAUUCAAAUGUAAAGCAUGGAAGAUGGGGGUGGUUUGGACGACCCCACGCGAGCCCCGAUCUAUGACACCAUCAACGAUGACUCGAGCGGCUCCGUGUAUUCCCAAAGUAACGGGAGUGGAGGCAGCAAUAAGGGGGGCGGCAACUACGCCCCCACCUCAACGUUUUCCCCCGGUCAAUCCAAUGGCUACCCUCCCCCACCUCAUCGGACUGUCAAUGGGAAUGGUGUAGUGAAUGAAUAUGAUGUCCCUGAAGGGUCGGAGGGUCGCCCGGCCAAAGUAACCAUCAAUGGGAUCGCUGUGUGAGAGUGUGAUGGCGAUCCCAUGAGAAACAUUGGGUGAUGUGAUAGCUCAAAGAAUCAAAUAUCUAAACCUGCCACUCUUUCUUUCCCCUCUACGACGUUAUUCAUCCUAAAAACAAUCACAUUUACUAUUAUGUUACAUGUCAUCAUGCUCCAUCACUGCUUCACUCUUACUCCUCAGUUUAGUAGGCCGAGCAAAACGCCUUUCAAUACAUGCUGCCAUCGUCACUUCAAUUUAUUCCGUGUACGUAUUUAGCCAAUAAAUAUGAAGCAUUUCGCAACAACAA